GGAGGGCGGGGGUGGGGCGGACUGGGGGGUGUAAGAUAAUAACUCAAAGUCGGGUUUCUGCUGAUCACCUUUCCUCCUCCUCCUCCUCCUUUGACACACAUGCCCUCAGCCUUGGGGCUCUCAUGGAAGUAUGCAAAGCUUGACCUUGGGCACUAAAAGCAUCGUGGGGAGGAGAAGUGCAUGACAGGAAAAAGGUGUCAUUUCAUUUUUCAUUAGCGGAAGAAGCGCAGCAGAAUGAUGUAAAGCAGAAACCGUGCAGCAGACAGCUAACAGCCAAUAAAAAGGCACUUAGAAGCAGAGGUGAGCAUGCACUCCUUCAACAUGUGAAUGGAAGAAAGAUGGCUGGGGGUUGAGGAACGUGUGAUGGACGGGGAUGAGGAAUGUGGAGUAAAAAUAGUCAAUGGCAUUAGGGGAAAAAAAGCCUGCAAUUUCUGUGAAAAAAGGAAAAGAACGAGUGCCAGUAUAACCAGUUAUAAUGCAUAAAUCAUCCCCCAGAUACUGGGCUCCACCCACAAUCUCCCAUUCUGGUGUUCUUUCUCCUUUACUCCACCAGGACGUUUGCCUGCAGCCGCGCUUCUUUCUCACAUGAGAGUUUCCAACCCUGCAAAAACCAGACUCGCUUCGCUUUCUGCAUUUUUGACAGGAUUUUGGAAUUCAUUUUCCCGCCUUUUAACUCUCUCGGAUGCUCUGCGUGUUCGUUUGCACGUCACAUUUUAAGGUUUUUUGCCCUGAAGGUUUCUGGAGGAAGAGACGGAUAGUCUGAGCAGGAGACAAGAGGGACGGAAGAGUGCAGCUGCUGCCGUGUGAGGAGAAAAGAAAAAUAAAGAGAUAAAGAAGGCAAGUGUGAAGGGCGAGAAGAAGCAACAAAAAAAAGAGGGCAGAGGGCCACCUCGCCUGACGUCCCACCUGAGACACACAUGCGGCGAGACGAGACGUCACACAUCCUCUGAGGUGACGCACACCGACAUAGGAGGCGCGCCGUGACCCAGAGUAGACCUUUUUCUCCAUCAUGCUGGAUUCCGCUGGCUUCCCAGAUUCUAACAACCUGUGCCGGAAGAGCAACUUUGUCCCCGGAUAGAAAUGACCACCGGACACAAUCGCAGCCUGUGACAAACCUCCAUCUCCUUCUUCUUCUUCUUCUUCUUCUUCCUCCACCCUUACUUUCACUUCAGCUCGACUCUCAUCCACCUCCUCACCUCCUCCUCACUAUGUUGAUACCAGCCGUGCUCCUAUGGAUUCUUAAUGUUAGCAACUUGUGCUCAGGACAAGACUACAUGGACUACUACCCAGCCAAGGACAUGGGAACCCAGGCUCCAGUGUUGUCAGAUGACCACACUAGCCUACAGAGCGUGACGAGCAUGGAUCAGCUACUCCAGCUUCUCUACCCUGGAUAUAAUCUGCUUCAUCACUGCCUGAGGAAGAAGUCGUGGCCUGGCACUUCCUCCUCUUUUCCCACCUCCUCGGCAAGCCCGGCCAUGCACCCUAACCGUGACAAUCAGUGGGUGCAGCUAAGGGAGGAUGCUCUCUAUAAGGUGGACGGCACUCUCGGAGUCAUCCUAGAAGAGAUCCAACGCACCUCAUGCCAGCCCAGAGAGGUGUGCAUCGAGGUCACCAAAGAGUACCCAGAAUCCACCAGUCAGUUCUACCUCCCCCGCUGUGUGGCGCUGCAUCGCUGCGGGGGGUGCUGCACCAACGAAGCCUUUUAUUGCGCAAACACCAGUCACGCGCUCGUCAACAAGACUCUGAUGGAGCUAUCUCCACCCAGGAUGGAGCGCUCCGUUGUCAUGGUAACAUUUGUCAACCACACGGCGUGCGAGUGCCUCCCAAAGCGGCCGCUUCACUCCAUCAUCAGACGGGCCGCAACAGAUCACCUGUGUUCCCCUCCCAGCGUCCCCUGUGUUUCAGGGUUCUUGUGGGACCCGGUGAACUGCAUGUGCGUGUCUGCAGAUGCCAUUAUCUACUCGGAAAAAGACACGGAGGCUUUGGACGCGGGGCUGCUAGCUCUCUGCGGUCCCAACAGGGUCCUGAAGGAGACCAGCUGCGAGUGCAUCUGUCGAAAUGGGCUCACCGAGGCCAGCUGCGGUCCAGGCUGGAAACUGGACCACAACACAUGUGAAUGUCAGUGUGAAGGUCAGGGUGAUGGGAAGUGGUGCCCCGUCGGCCAGCGGUGGGACGAGGACCUGUGCGGCUGCGUGUGUGCCGCACAGUGUCCUGGGAAUCAACCCCUCAACCCAGACACCUGCCUGUGUCAGUGCAGGGAGAGCCCACAGUCAUGUCUCCGGCAGGGCAAACGCUUCAACCCCAACACCUGCAGUUGCUACAGGUUACCUUGCAGGACGCCCAGACGUGCGUGCCUGACAGGCUUUUACUACAGCCACCAAGUCUGCCAGUGUAUCCCCAACUAUAUGAAGCCCGAGUGGAAUUAGCCGUGGAAAGAGCCCUUAAAACCCUGGGAAACUUGUGGCCUGAUUACAAGAACGAGACAAGGUGGAGCAUAACAACAAAUGAGCACUUACUGGAUUACAACACAACUGACAAUGCUUCCAAAGAAAUGUAUUGUGUCAUGGGUGGACCGAGAUAUGCGACUCACAGUGUCCACGUGCGGCUCCUUGUCCAAUCACGCCACGGUGGAACAUGUCAGCAGGACAGAUCAGGAUCAAUCGGCUUCCCCGGCCAGCGUUGAUACUGUACCUGCUGUAACGUGCCGGAGCAAGCACGCCCUCAAUGCUCUCCUUGAAAUGGAAAGUGGAAGAAGAUAAUGACAGAGCAAACUGAAGAGGAAAUAAGCUCAAGGCAACGGCGAGCUGGGAGAUGGAAGCAUUUGGGUUCGCAUGCAGAGAUGAACAUGUAUCCUGCAUGCCUUACCAGAGUGUAUAAACUCUCCAUCCAUCUCAUUUACAAUCAUAUUAAAUGCUCUUUCACCCCAAAAAGGUCGUAUAGUUUCUGC